UUUUUUUUUUUUUUUUUUUUACAAAAUAGCUUCUAAAUGUGCACGGUCCCAUAGACUGUCCAGUUUCCGGCAACGUCAUUACUCUAGAAUUUGGUGAGGAUCCCCAAGCUUCUGCACGACACCAGCGCGGGAAAGUUAACUCUGUUUUUAAAAUUACAACUAAAUAAAGACCGACCAGGAAAGUAAUCGUCUUUUCAGGUAGCAGUGUGCAGGAACCUGUGCCAAUCAGGAUGAUGAAGAAGAGACGCACCUCUACAGACAAUAAAGAUGACACCUCAAAACAGAAGAAGAGCCGUAUUGGUGGGCCGAAGCAGAAGCCCUGUGUGCUGGAGGAGGAUGAUUCUGUGUUUGGUCAGCUGUUGCGGGCAGCUGGUGUGUCUCUGCGACAAGGCAGCAUGCCCAAUGAGAUUGCCGUGGAUCAAACUGUGUUCCAGAAGAGACUUCACAAGGGUUUGCGAAAGCACCCACGCUACCCCAACAUUGUUCAGGAGUUUAUCACUGGCCUGGAGUCCUAUAUGGAAGACCAGGAGAAGUUUAAGAGCUGCUUGCUUCCUUGUGCCCUACUUUCUGCUGAAGGAGAAUCCAGUGCUGUGAAUUCAUACCAAGAGAGCCUCAUCAAGCUUCUGUUGGGGAUUGAGAUGCUGCAGUCACCCGUCAUAAACACCUUAUUCGAGAAGAUACCUGAGUUCAUGUUUGAAGGUGCUGGAGAGGAUGGGCUGAAUAUACCCCGGAUUAUAAUCAAUCAGUUCAAGUGGCUGGACAGAGUAACGGACAGCAAGGACCUGGCCAGUAAGCUAAUGCAGCUGGUUGCCGUGGCGCCGGUAGAGAUCCAGCGUGACAUCAUCACCAGCCUGCCCGAGAUCCUGGAGGACACUCAGCACAACGACAUCGCCAAGGAGCUCAACUCCCUUCUUCAGAAGAACACACAGCUCACUGUCCCCAUCCUGGAUGCCCUCUCCAGUCUGAACCUGAGCUCCGACCUGCUGACAGAGGUACGGCAGGCCGUCAUGGCGACUCUGUCUGCAGUGGAGCUGGAGGAUUUGCCCGUGAUGGUGAAAUUCAUUCUGCAUGCCAUCUCGGGAGCGGAGGCUGUAGAGGUUGUCUCUGAUCUGCGCAACAAGUUGGAGCUGGAAUCCUGUGUGUUACCCCCUCCGCUACAAGCAUCUCAGAGCCGAGCAAAGAGCAAAGGGAAGGGCGGGUCUUCCCUAAACUCUGCAGCCAGCAGCAGCCAGGACUGUGUGAGCCUUGUUUUGGACGCUAUUAAAUCAGCAGUGCGCUUUCAGAAAGCUAUCUCGGAAGCUUGGAUAAAGGCCAUUGAGAAUAUUGAUUCAGCGGCAGAACAUAAGGUCAUUGACCUCUUGGUUCUGUUCAUCCUGCACACGACCAACUCCAACCACAGCCGGCGCGGGGUGGAGAGGGUCCUGCGGAACAAGGUGCGGGGAGGACACAUCCGGGAGUCCCUGCUUCAGGCUGCCAUCCGGGGCCACGCGACGGUGAUUAGAGCUUACUUCCCUUCCAUCAUUUCCCUGGCCCAGUCCCUCCUUCGUUCACCUGACCCCAGUGUGGUGACCUUUGGCAGCCAGAUGUACAAACACGCCUUCACCUCCUUCGACCCCUACUGCCAGCAGGAGGUGGUGGGCUCCCUGGUGACUCACGUGUGCAGUGGCUAUGCAGGGGAGGUGGACGUCUCUCUGAAGGUCCUCUCUGAGCUGGUGACACAGAGCCCAGCUGACAUGGCUCUAUACGCUGUCUUCGUUAAGGGUAUCCUGGAUUACAUGGACAACCUGACCCCGCCACAGAUCCGCAAGCUCUUCUACAUCCUGAGCACACUGGCAUUCAGCCGAGGCACCGAGGGUAGCCACAUCCAGGAUGACAUGCACAUUGUGAUCCGGAAGCAACUCUCCAGCACAGUGUCCAAGUACAAGCGGAUCGGGAUCAUCGGAGCUGUGAUGGUUGUUGGCAGUAUGGGCACACGGAGGAGCAAGCCAGAAGGCCCUUCUUCAGAGGCUGUCCCCCUGCCCAAGGAAACCUACAGACAGGUGACAACCCUGCUGGGGUUGGUUCGCUCCUGCAGUGAGUGCUCCCCAGAAGCAGCUGCCCUUUACUAUGAUGAGCUGGCCAACCUGGUGCAGACUGGAGACCUCGACCCGCAGGUGCACGAAUGGAUUGGGAGGAGUGUGCUGGAAGAUUUCCAAGAGGACUUUGUUGUGGACCUGGGACCUGAAAUAAAAGGCACCUUCCCUCUCCCAGCAAAAGCAAUGUAUAACCUGGAUGAAGAGGAGAGCCAAGGCGGAAUCGCAAUCAACCUCCUGCCUCUGCUCGCUGAAGACCUUCAGAAGGGGGCACAGCUGAGUCGACCUGCUCAGGGGGACAAAAGGCGAGUGUCUCCACUGUGCCUGGGGUCCUUCUUCCGUCUUCUGCGGCUGUGUCAGGAAGAGCAGAACCAGGGGGACCUGGUGGAGAUCGAUGCUCUGCUGGGCUGCCCUCUGAUUGUCACUGACCUAGAUGUGGUGGAGAAGAUGGACUGUCUGUCUAAACUAGAGAAGGAGUUUCUCUGCACUCUGCUCUUCCAUGCUAUCAACUGGAUCAGAGAGGUGGUGAAUGCUUUCUGUAGACAGCAGGACCCUGAGAUGAAAAGCAAGGUGAUGAUCCGGCUGCAGAACAUCACCUAUCUGCAGAGUGUUCUGGAAAGGUGUUUAGCAGCCCCCCCCCUGUGUGUGGGCUAUGUUCCUCCUCUUGCUAAUUUUGAUUGUGAGACAGCUGAAGGUGCUGUUACAGCCAGUGCUGCCCCCCCUGCCAAGAAAGAAAAGAAAGGACACGCUGGACAGAAGCGCAAGGUGGAUAAGAACUCCUCUGGUGACAGCUCCCAGCUGGAGGAGGGAGCAGAGGCUGAAGAAUCGCAACAAAAGGAAUCCCCAGAGAAGGAGAAGGAGGAGGGGAAGGCAGGAGUGAGCCUGGUCUCUUACCGACCCUACUUCCGUGAGCUGGAUAUCGAUGUUUUGAGUGUGCUACAGUGCGGCCUGCUCACCAGGUCUCUCCUGGACAGUGAGGACCAUACCAAGGUGUCAGAGGUGGUGCAGCUGGGCCCCUCGGAGCUGCUUUUCCUGCUGGAGGACCUGUCCCGCAAGCUGGAGUUCAGCCUGGCAGCUUCCAGUGCCAAGAGGAUGCCUUUCCUCAAGGUGAAGGCUGAUAAGAAUGUGGGCUUUUCUCACCUGCAACAGAAGAGCCCAUCUGAGAUUGCCUCCUGCUGCAUCCAGCUGCUCCCUGCCCUCUGCAACCACCUAGAGAACACACAUAACUACUUCCAGGUCCUGCUGUCGGAGAACAAUGGGGUGGUGGAUGCCCCAGGUGUGGAUAUGAAGGAGCACCAGCUCAUGUCUGCCUGCUACCAACUGCUGCUCCACAUCUUGCUCACCACCUUCUCCUGGAGUGGGUUUUCUCAGCAUGAGAACCGCAAGCUGUUGAAAUCGGCCCUGGGAGUCUUGGCUGGGAGGCUGAAAGAGAAGGAGAAUGAUGUGGACUUGGGGACAGAGGAACUGGUCAGGCAGAGUUUUGGGUACUUGUUAAAUUUCCACAGUACCGUGCCUGGUUGCAGCCCAGCCCUCUCUCUCACCCAGCUCCUCAUUGUGGUGGCUGACCGGGGUCCUGACAGCCAGUACAGAGAGAAGAUAGCGUCUCUCUCCAGAGGGUUCCUGUGCCAGGAAUGGAUCCUGCCCAGCGGGGAGAGGGAGAAAGGGAACAAGCAUAAUGAGAUGCUGCAGAGCCUGCUGAGUAUAUACCUGGAGCACAAAGAUGAUGUGCUGAAGGCGAUCGAGGAGAUCGCCGGAGUGGGCUUCCCUGAGCUCAUCGGCACCACCAAGGAUGGCUGUUCCAGAACCUUCCCCACUCUAACCAGGCAGACGUUCCUGGUUUUCUAUCGUGUGGUGAUGGGAGUGCUGGAAAAAUCGGUGCGGAGAAUUGCAGCUGGGAAGCAAAUGGACUCAAGUGAGGCACAGAGUGAGAAGCUCCUGACCUGGAAUCUGGCUGUGAGAGAUUUCCACAUCCUGGUCAAUCUGGUGAAGGUAUUUGACAGCAGGUCUGUCCUUGGUGUCUGCUUGAGGUAUGGGCGUCUUUUUGUUGAAGCUUUCCUGAAGCUGGCGAUGCCACUGCUGGACUACAGCUUUAAGAAACAUAAGGAAGAUGUUCAGAGCUUGCUAAAGACUUUUCAGCUGAGCACCAGACAGCUUCAUUACAUGUGUGGCCACACCAAGAUACGUCAAGACACAGGACUGACGAAUCACGUGCCCCUGCUGAAGAAGACUCUGGAGCAGUUUGUGUACCGAGUGAAGGCCAUGCUCAUUCUCAACAACUGCCAGGAGGCCUUCUGGGUGGGAAACCUCAAAAACAGGAACUUAAAGGGUGAGGAGAUCCUGUCCCAGCAGACCGGAGAGAGCGGAGAGGAGGAUGACGAGGCUUCACAGCUCCCAGAGGAGGAGUCUGAGAGAGAGGACGAAGACAAUGAGGAUAAAAGUGACUCGGAGGUGAGGAAUGGAGUAUGCGAUGAGGAGGUGGAGGAUGAAGAGAGUACUGACGAUUCAGAUUAGACACACCUGCUGGGGGAGAGGGGUCUGAAAAAGCAGCAACAGCCACUGUCCUGACUGCCUGCCACUGCAGCCAGGAUACACUGACCUCUCCCCACCAAUACCAAGCUGAGAGCACAGUGUUCAUAUGCUUUCCUGGAAACUACUCUCAAGCAUACUGCUUCAGUUAUUGUCCUCUAUUCUUCAUUCCAGUACAUUCCAGUCUCUGUAAAACUGCAUUAAUUGCAGGCUGAUUGAGCAAAAUCAGAGUGCUGGCUAUCCUGUCUCUGUCUAUCACGACUUAUAUAAAGCUAACUUGCUCUACCUUGGGAGAAUGAAAUAAUAAUUUUUAGUUGUGGACUCAAUGGGAAUAAUGUGAGAAUACAUGUGCUUUGCAGCUUAAAAGAUAGCUUUAAAAAUUAUUUGAAAGCUUUUCUUUUUUUUUUAGGUGACUUUGCUUUUUUUUUUUAUAAAGUUUUUGUCCCUCUAAACCUUUGUUGUUCAGCAAUUUUCUAGGGUUCUUGAUUCGAGAAAAAAAAAAAAAAAUCAUCAGUCAAACAAAGGAACCAACAACAGGGAUUCUCUAAGCAAGUUCACAGCCAGGUAGAAAAAUGUAUAAGCUUUAAUAGAUAGCUUUUUUACUCCAAGUUAGUUUAAGUUGAUCAUAACUGAUGUUGUGCAGUGAAGUUAUCACAGGAUAGCAUGUUUCUGGUGGUUAGGAGGAGGCCCUGAUAUAUUUUACAGUGGGAUGCUACAAAAGUUAGUUCAACUUGUGCCAUAGGUGGUCAUACAGAGUGAGCAGUUGAUCUUCAAACACUGCUGCGUUGUCUCCCCAACUGCAGAAUUAAAAGGUUUUAAACAAAAGCUAAGAACCGGGUAGAGGGGGGGGGUGCACUUCCUAAUGGACUGUAGCUUAAUAAUAAUCAGUAAAGAUCAAGGACCGUGGGCAUUUCAUUUCAAGGUUUUCUUUAAUGAGUUCCUGUGAUGUUUACAAUGAGAGUGUGGGUGUUUUUUUUUCCAGUUUCACUAGUUGCUCUGCCAGUCAUCAGAAUCAUAGACCAGAACAAGUCACUUUUAAAAUACUUUAGGCAUUCUGGAAAAUAGCAACACCUUGGCCCAUUGCAAACACCACACUGCUAAGGACACUUUUGGAGUCUGCAUGCUCCGUGAUCUUUUAAAGAGUUUGUUUUUGUUGA